AUGGUUGGUAAAAAUAAAGAGAAUCUAUUGAAAUGGUGCCAAGAGAUUACAGAGGGAUAUCCUGAGAAGGUCAGUCAGGUAAAUGAUUUUUCAAAGUCAUGGAAAGAUGGCACAGCCUUUGUAGUUGUGUUGAAUAAGGUGUAUCCCAAUGCUUUCAGUGUGGACGAUGUGCUAGCCAAGUCGGUAACAGAGAGACUGUCGUUUGUCUUUGAUUUCGCAGAGGACAAAGGUAUUGUCGGUCGUCUACUGGAACCGUCGGAUUUCACCACGGAUGGAGUCGAUCCCGAGAAGAUCACAGUCGAGACAUAUAUAUCGUGUAUCUAUCAUUAUCACAAGAAGAAGUUGGGUGAGGAUGAAAUGGAUGCCAAGCUAAAGUCGUUGUUGGCCAACAUUGACAAUGUCGAUAGUCUUUUGGCGUCUGCAGCUUCGAUAUCGACAUCGUCGUCGUCAUCAUCAUCUACUGACACUACUAACGGCGAAGAGAAUGGAGCAAACGGUGCCAACUCUACAGCGACUUGGUCGUUGCAGUCAAUGGACAAAGAGAUAGAGGCACUGAAUCUCAAAAUGAAAAGUUGGACGGAAUCACAAAAAGUGGUGGAAAAACGAAGAAAUGAAAGUGCACAGUCAAAAGAAAUACUCAAUAAUCUUGAGAAAGUAAUGUCAAACAUUGAACAAGAGUUAUUAGAGAAUGAGAAUUCAAGUAAAAAAUUUAGAGAGGAAAUUGAAAAAAGAGAAGCAGAUUUAAAGAAUAAGAUUGAAAAAGAAAAGGAACAGUAUGAUAGUCAUAUUCAAGAGUUACAAAGAAAGAUUGAUUUGGCAAAGGCAAACACCAAGGAACAAGAGGAAUUGAAGAAGCGAUUGGAAACACAAAAGAAGGCAAAAGACGAUUUGUUGAGAAAGAGAAAGGAGAUUGAAGAGGAGACCGCUCAGUUGAGACAGAGAUUGCUCGACGAAGAGAAUGCCAAGAAGGUGUUGCAGAACUCUAUGAAGAAGGUGGAAGAAGAGAAAGCAAUUGCCAAGGUCAAGCAUCAAGAUGAAUUGAAAAAGUUGAGAGAGGAACUGAUGAAUGCAAAUGCCAAGCAGGAGAUGAUGGAGUUAGAGUUGCGAACAGAGACGUCGCUAAAGAAUGAAUUGGUUACAAAGCAACGAUUCAUGCAGGCCAAUGUCGAUGAUAUCAAUCGAUCGAUCGAUUCAGAGUUGAAAGAGAAAGCAGAGAUCACCAAGACCAAGGAGAAGCUAACCAGUUCGUUGAAGAAAGCGAUCAUGUCGUUGGAGGAAGAGACCAAGGUUUACAAUCUUCGAGACAAGUCAAAGAAGGAGAUGGAUGCCGAGAAGACAAAGUUGAGAGCAGAGCGUGAAGCGGAACAGAUUGCAAAGCUGCAGGCAGAAAAGGAGAAGCGUAUUGUACAGAACGAAUUGAAUGACAAGAAUGAGGAGAUCGAUGUUGAGAUGGUCAAAGUGAGAGAUGCCAAGUUUUUAAAUAGAGAUUUGGAGAGAAAGAUCGUUGAGACAACCGAUGAAAUCGAUGACGAGAGAAAUAGAAUGGAGAAACUGCUCAGCUAUCAAGAUGAGAAGUUUGGAAAGAAUCAAGAUUCACUGGCAAAGAAGCAUAAGAAUGUGUUGAAGAAGAUUGAGGAUACCAAACAUCAGAUGGAGAAGAAGAAGAAUCAAGCUGCUGAAUCAAAGCUAAAGGAACAGGAGAAGCGAAGAGAAAUGGAGUCGGAAAAGUCAAUGCUCACCGACAAGGAUGCAGAGUUGGGCGAUCGAUUGGCCGAAGAGAGAAAGGAGCGUAAACAAGCGAUGAAAGCAAAUCGUACACUUGAAGAGCAGUUGAAUCGUGCACGUCAAUUCUUGGACUUGGAAUCAAAGAGUAGAUCUUCAAAGGAGAAGUUCAAACAGAAAUUGGAGAACGACACCAAACAACUGCAGUCAACUAUUGGUGAGGAGGAAAAGAAGAAGUUGUCACUGCAAGAGAAGAAGCAAUCGCUUCAAAAAGACAAUGAACAUCUCAGUAAGAAGCUGAGUCACACCAAGAAACAAACGGUCGAGCUUGAGGAGGCUAAACAGUCACGUAAACAAAAGUCAUUGCAGAUCGAUAGCGAUAUUGUGGAGGUGAACGCUCAGCGCGCAGAAGCAGAGACCAAUCUGGAUAUCAAGUUGCAAAAACUGGCUGAGGAGACACAGGAGGAGAUGAAAGAGCGAUUGAAACAGAUGGAAGACAAGUCGUUGGAAUUGAACAACAAGACUUUCUUGACACAACAGAAACUUAAGCAGCGAAUCGAGUCGAUCGCAGAGAUGGAGGCAAGGAAAGAGGAGGAAGAGAGAUCGUUGCGUGAAGUCAAUCAGAAGCUGGACGAACUGUCACUGGAGAAGGAAGCAAACGAUAUCAAGAGAAAGAUGCUAGAGGAGAACGUCAAGAAGAUGUCGGCAAUGACCGAUGUCGAGAGGAAGGAGAAGGAGGAGAAGUCGCAGUCGCUCGAGGAGAUGCAGGCCGAGAUUGCCAAGCUGCAGAGUCAGCAUAUUCAAGACGAGAAUGACUCACUGCUAUAUGAGAGACAAGCACAGUUGUUGGCAUCGGAGUUGGCAGCACAAGAAUCGGCACUCAAGGAGAAAGAAGACGAGCUAGAACUAGAGAAAGCAGAGUCAGAGCGAAUCCUCAAGAAAGAACUAAGAAAACUUGAGAAACAACGUAGACUAGAGGAGAAGGAACUCAAAGACGAUUUGAUGGGCGAACACAAAGACAAUCUUCAACAAAUAGAAAACAAAUUCAACAGACAAAAGAAAUUACUCUUGGAAGAAUAUAAUGAUUUAGGUUUAGAAUUGAAUCAAAUGAGAAAUUCAUUAAGAGAUACAAGUAUUAAUAAAUCACUUUUACAGAUAAUAAGUCGAAGACCUGUAGAAAAGAACAAGAAUAUUAAAAGCCAGGAAGAUUCACAAGACAAUGAAAAUCCAAUGGUGUGGAGAGUUCAUAAAAGUGACCCAUUCUAUGGAACUUCGAGCAAACCGAUCAUGAUCUCAAAAGUUCCGUUUAAUGAAGCAAAAUCUUUAAAGAGGAAUAGCCAAGAACUUCCUGCUGAAAAAGAAACAAAGAUAAUUCUUCCACAAUCCCAACAAUAA